AUGGUCGCAUAUUUUGAUGAUGACCGACUCCUCAUGCAUUUCUUUCAAGAUUCAUUGAGUGGAGCAUCGUUGGAUUGGUACAUGCAACUAGAAGGUACCCACAUCCAUACAUGGAGGGAGAUGGAUGAAGAGUUCCUUAAGCAUUAUCAGUAUAAUAAAGAUAUGGUGCCCAAUCACACACAGUUGCAAAAUUUGAAGCAAAAGUCUGAAGAGAAUUUCAAGGAAUACACUCAAAGGUGGAGAGAGCUAGCAGCUAAAGUACAACCUUCUUUGUUAGAAUGUGAGUUGGUGGAUAUGUUCAUGGGCAACCUGCAAGGCCCGUACUUAGAUAGGAUGGUAGGGAGUACAUCCUCAAGCUUUUCCGAAUUGGUUUUGGCCGACGAAACAAUUCAAAAUAUGAUAAAGAUGGGAAAAAUCCAGAAUUCUACAAGCACCUCUAGUGUUGUAAAGAAAUCCUUUGUCGCGUAUGGAAAGAAAAGGGAAGAAGAAAUGAAUGAAACUGCAGUAAUCAGAGCAAGAGCCUCGACAUACCGUGUCUCGUAUCAGCAAGUGGUCGUCGUAGCGCCAGUCCAACAACAACAACAAUAA